GAAACUUCUCCAGCGAGGUGGGAACUAGGCUUGAACCUGGGUCAUGUGAAUGGCAGUUCCAGGUGUACUACCCAGCUGUGCUAUCUUGCUGGCCCCAUUUUUAUUCUCAAAUAUUUCAGUGUCGUCUGGGAGGUAGUGUGGUAGAUAGGCCAUUGAACUCAAGUAUAAGGCCCUGAGUUUGACCCCCGGCAUUACAAGUGCCAGAGUGGUACUCUGGUUCUUUAGCGCUCCUCUUUCUCAUCAAUAAACACACGUUAAGAAAACAUUGAAGUGGCCUGGGAGGUGGUGUGGCAGAUACAGUAUUGCACUUGUAAGCAUAAGGUCCUGAGUUCAAUCCACAGAAUGUCACUGGCUCUCCAUUAAUGAUUUUUUUUUCCUUUUUAUUAUUGCCACCGGGUUUGCCUCUGGGGCUCUUUGUCAGCACAAUGAAUCCACUAUUCCCAGUGACCAUUUUCCCCCUUAGUCUUUUAUUUGAUAGAUUCAGAGAAAUUGAGAGGUAAGGGGGGACUACAGAGACCUGCAGCUCUGAUUCACUGCUUAUGAAGCUUUCCCCUGUAGGGGGCUUGAAUCCAAGUCUUCAUGUGUGGUAACUUCCUGCAUGCUCUACUGGGUGUGACAUCAACACCCCCCCCCUUUUUUUUUUUUUUAAAGUAAGCAAAAGACUACUCAGCUCUAGCAUCUGCAAGAUCAGGGAUAGAACCUUGGGCAUGCAAGUCCUGCACUCUACCUUCUGUGCCCUUCGGCCUCUGUCACAUGCUGUCACCCAUUGUUGACUUGCUGGAGGCCGGGGGGCCACGUGCCUGCAGACCAGGCUGGGGACACCGGGCGCACAGAUGGGCUUAAUCCCUGGUGUCCAAACAGUCCUGCUUGUUCCAUCUGGGCACAAAAGGUCAGAGCCUGUACACUACCCCUCCCGGGCCCCGGGGGGCCAGAUGGGGAGGCAGGCAUCCCUCUGAUCCCUCCCUCCUGGACCUCAGGACAGUCUCCCACCCAGCUGUCACGUCCCAAAGACCGCAGCUGCCACCACGGGAGAGGUGGGGAGCACAGGAGCAGAAGAGAGGAGGCAGAGCUGCCUGUCUCUAGACGGGGUGCGUGCCCUCCCAUGCAGUUCCCCGUAGGUUCCUCCAUGCAGUUCCCUUUGGGACCCGCCUGCAUCUUCCUGAGAAAAGGCAUCGCUGAGAAACAACGGCCUGAAAGGCCACUGGGACAAGAUGAGAUUGAAGAGCUCCGGGAAGCUUUUCUCGAGUUUGACAAGGACCGGGAUGGGUUCAUCUCUUGCAAGGACUUGGGGAACCUCAUGAGGACGAUAGGCUACAUGCCCACGGAGAUGGAGCUGACGGAACUGAGCCAGCAGAUCCGCAUGAACCUGGGGGGCCGUGUGGACUUUGACGACUUCGUAGAGCUCAUGGCCCCUAGGCUGCUGGCAGAAACGGCGGGGAUGAUUGGUGUCCAGGAGAUGCGGGACGCCUUCAAGGAAUUUGACACCAACGGAGACGGGGAGAUCACGUUGGGGGAGCUGCAGCAGGCCAUGCAGAGGCUUCUGGGGGAGAAGCUCAGCCCCCGGGAGAUCUCCGAGGUCGUCCAGGAAGCCGAUGUGAACGGGGAUGGCACCGUGGAUUUUGAAGAGUUUGUGAAGAUGAUGUCUCGCUAAGAAGGUUCUGGAAAGCCCCGUCACCCUCCCUGGCCUCAUGGAGCAAGCACUUUGCAGGACUGAGUCCCCAGGGCAUCUCAAAGUGGAGGGUGCAGGGUGCUGGGCCUGUCCCUGCCGCCAGUGUGAUAGCUUUGCCAGAGGAGCCUGUGGGUAAGGGGAGGGCAGACAAGGUGUCUGCAGGACUGGAUUAAAGGAGGAGGGAUUUCUGGUUGGACACACGAACCACCCUAGGGUCCAUUUGCUUCUUCCCAAAUCCCAAAGGCAAAAGAUGUCCUCAGCUGCGUGUAAUCCUACAUCUCUGUGGUCUCCUGAGUCACUCCUCCAGCUUCUCUGAUUGAGACCCGCAAAAACAAACAGCCAACCCUCCCCAAACAAAAACCCACCCAAACCAAAUCAACAACACAAAUAAUAACAACAAAACAAGCAAUAAAACUGAACCCCCAAACACCCCCAGCCCCCUUCAGUUUAACAGUACCUCCUCCUCACCCCCCAACUGCUACAACCUCCCAGUGAAGAGAAAGACCCAUCAGUCACUAGCUGCCAGGUUCCUGGUUUGGGAAUGGCUAAUCAGAUGAGUUUCCCACCCUCACCUUCCUUCUUCCUCCCACCAUUUUUUUUUUUUUUUUGGCUCCCUUUCCAGGAAGUCUGUUUCACGCCUCUUCUCCUACUUCCUUCUCCCUGUAUAAGAGCCACCACUGAAUUAAACCGCAGAUCUGGAUCAGCAAAGGUUUAGGCCCAGUAGGUCCUGGGGGAGUUAAUCCCCUCCCUGCAUAAUGUCAUCCUGCCAGAGGCUGGGAGACAGAUAGCUGGGCGGCAAAUCCAGCCUCACUGGGGCUGUGUGCCUGGUACAAACUGAGCUGAAUUAAAUGAAUUAAAAUGACCCCUUCCCUUCCCCUUCUUCUUCCUUUCCCUUCUUCCUCUUCUCUCUCUCCUCUCCUUGUCUUUCUUUUCUUUUUAAAAUAUUUUUAAAAAAUAUUUAUUUAUUCCCUUUUUUGUUGUCCUUGUUUUAUUGUAGUUAUUAUUGUUGUUGUUAUUGAUGUCAUCAUUGUUGGAUAGGACAGAGAAAUGGAGAGAGGAGGGGAAGACAGAGAGAGGGAGAAAAAGAUAGACACCUGUAGACCUGCUUCACCGCUUGUGAAGCGACUCCCCUGCAGGUGGGGAGCCGGGGGCUCAAACUGUGAUCUUUACUCCCUCUGGUCCUUGUGCUUUGUGCCGCCUGCACUUAACCUGCUGUGCUACCGCCCAACUCCCUCUUUUUUCAACUUCAGGAAAGUGUCAUACUGCUAUAAGUCCUCAGUUUUCCCCACGUGGUUGCCAAACCUUUUCUGGAAGCUCCCUGCCUGUGUGUGCUAUACCCUGUAUGUGUGUGUUUGUGUUAGUGUAGGGUGUGUGACCAUGCAGAAUGCACUGAUAUGUGUGUGCAUGGUGCACUCAUGACGCUAGUGCACAUUGUGUGUGCACACAGCAUGUGCACAUGUGUUUGUGUGUGCACUGGCCCUCCACUGGACAGGAAGCCUGCCCUUUUCCUCAGUCUGACCUUGUCAGCUCUAUGCAGCUGGAAGUAUCUUGGUCCUCCUGCUUCAAACCCCUACUGCCCCAGGUCCCCGCUUGAGAGCAGCACCUCCCCAGAAAG